CAAAAUCAAAAUCAAAAUUAUAUCUUUCUUGUGUUGCAGCACAUUUCCAUGUACUUUUAGCAUAUACUAUUUUAUAUAGUGCUCUUAGUCUCUUCUAAUCUUCUUUUCAGGCUGAAUAAUUGUCUGCCAAAUUGGGCCGCUAGGAAUUUAGUUCUUUAAUUUCCAAGGUUGCAUAAGUAUAUUAUUGUUAUGUUCCAAUGAAUCUUUCCCUGGAAGAAAAGAAUAAAAAAUAAAAUCAGUAAAGUUGGUCUACUUCUGUCUCUGGUAUAUCUCAGAAAUGAGCCUCACCAGAAUAACCGUGCUCUUAUUUCAAGAAUUCAAACAAAAGAAGUCUUCUUAGAGCUCGAAUCCCAGCAAGAAUCUGGUAAUUUUCUGAUAUCAAUGGUGCUCAAUGGCAAGGCUGAUGAAUCAGAAGCGAAUUCGGCUUUAGAAUUGGUUGAUUCUGGGAAAGGAAUAAGUUGUCCUGGAACUCCUCGCGUUGUAUCGGUUGUUUCAUCUGUUAUUGAGAGAGCAAUUCAGAAGAACGAGAGUUUGCUUCAGGCGUCCAAAAAGAAGGAUGUUGUUACCACAUUUCAUGGCUCAAGAGUUCCCAGCUUGAGCAUCAGACAAUAUAUUGAACGCAUAUUUAAGUACUCAAGCUGCAGCCCUUCUUGCUUUGUCGUUGCAUACAUAUACAUCGAUCGAUUCCUUCAACAACUCAACGCCUACCUUACAAGCCUCAACGCGCAUCGCCUUCUGAUUACUAGUAUCAUGAUUGCUGCAAAAUUCAUAGAUGACGAGUGUUACAACAAUGCUUAUUUCGCCAAGAUCGGAGGGGUGAGCACCGCAGAAAUGAACAGACUGGAGAUAAGUUUCUUGUUUACUCUGGAGUUUAGGCUUCAUGUCACUGCAGAGGUCUUCAGGAAGUACUGUUUACAUCUGGAGAAAGGAGCUGCAGAAUACGAGAACAUUUCCCCAACCCAGUCGGAAAAAGGAUGGCUAAACAAAGAUGAGAACUAAGCCUACAACAGCAGCAGCAGUUGCCUUCUGUGUAAGUUUUCUGCAUAUCCCUGGGGCAUCAAUAUAUCACAGCACCCAGAUUCCAGUACAGGAAAAAUGUCUGAAAUAAUGUAAAACAAUGAACUAUAUAUAGAAAAAAAUUGCCUGCUCA